AUGGUUCCGGGAAUAACUGGAUCUUCUUUUCGACCUAACAACUCAGCUGACGGACAAAAAUCCCUCGAUAAUCAUUUUGGCCGGAAAACAGAACAGCUAUGUGUGACGAGUCUAGCUACAUUACAAUCAAAUAUAGACUUUGGCUUUAUUCGUAAGUCCUCUGGAUUACCUAAAGUUAUAUACUGUCAUGAUAUGGCUGGAGGUUAUCUGUCCUCUGAUCGGACAGUCAACUUCACUUGUGUUUUUCCUGCUUUUCGAUUCGUUCAUUGGCACUUGGUUGACAUAUUUAUUUACUUCAGUCAUCAGUUCAUAACUAUACCGCCAGUCUCAUGGAUUAAUCUUGCACAUAGACAGGGUGUCAGUGUCUAUGGUACUGUAAUUAUGGAAUCAGUUGAGUGUGAUGGAUUCAAAUUCAUUUUUAUGGGUUCCUCGGAACAUUAUCGUGAUGUCAAUAAAAUAUCAAACUAUAAGGAUUUUGCCAUACGUUUGGAUCAAAUAAGACGAGUUGUUGGAUUUGAGGGUUGGUUUAUUAACUUUGAAAUUUCUCUACCCUGGGAAAAAAUUGCUACAAUUCGUGAUCGAAUAAAGAAAUUCCUACGAAUGCUUAGAAACCUCGGUUCUGAAGUUAUCUGGUAUGAUGCACUAACUUGGUCUGGCCACUUAAGCUUUCAAAAUGAAUUGACCGAAGAAAAUUUGCCGUAUAUGAAAGCGUCCGGAAGUGGUUUAUUUCUCAAUUAUAAUUGGAAUCCAGUUAAGUUACGACGAUCACAAGAGGUUGCUGUUAAUUCUUCAAUGUCAACAAAGGUGUUUGUCGGUAUUGAUUGUUUUGGUCGUGGUUGUAUUGGAGGCGGUGGUUUCGGUACAGUCGAAGCACUGAAAGUUGUUUUAGAUAUUAACGCUUCUAGACCCGAUCGCCAUUAUCAGUGGCUUUAUUUGCACCUGGUUGGGUGUUCGAAAAGUGCGAUUUGA